AUGUUACAUAUGGCUUUUUCAUGGUUUCUUAAACUUUCUUUCAAAUUCAUUCAUCAUUUCGCAUGGCCUCUUGUUGCUCUGGUGUAUCCUCUGUGUGCUUCCAUACAAGCAAUCGAGACUGAUUCUUAUGCAGAAACUAAGAAUUUGAUCUCAUAUUGGAUACUUCUUUCAUUCAUUUACCUCUUUGAGUAUGCUUUUAUCAACCUUCUCCCAUGGUUGCGGGUCUGGCUGUACAUUAAGCUAAUGAUCAUCUUCUUCCUUGCCAUACCGGACUUUGGACGAGCUUCUUAUGUUUAUCAUAACCUUAUUCGCCCCAUGAAAUUGCAAAUAUUUGCAUGGAGGUUCAAUAACUAUUGGAGGAAGAUUUUUGUUGAGAAAGAUGACUUUUUAAUACAUGCAGAGAGAUAUUUGAGAGAAAAUGGAACUGAAGCCUUAGAGAAACUCGUUGCUAGCAAGAACACAGUGUGUAGGCCUGAUGCAGAAGUGAUAAAUCAAAUCAUAUCUACUGAUAAUAAAGAAAUGCUAAAGACAAAUGAAGAAAGACUCCAAACUAAGCACCUAGACGUCAAAGAUUUGGAGGCUAUUGAAAAAAGAGAAACUCCUGCUGCUACCAAGCAAGAUAUUCCUGUCAUACCUAAAGUUGGGCCAAGUCAAAGUGCAUCAUCAGCCACAGUGGUAACCAAAGGAACAGCGGAGAAUGGCAGAGCUGGUGGAGAGGUUCCUCAGAGUUCUACUUCUACACAGAAGGAAAUGCAGAAAGAGUGGACAUGUGCUUUAUGUUUGGUAACAACAUCGAGCGAGAUGACCUUGAACUCCCACCUCAGUGGAAGGAGACACAGGGCCAGAAUGGAAGCUUUAAUAGCAAAGAAACAAUCUGCUCUUCAGAAAAAAAAGGAUGCAGAAGUGACAAAUGAAAUCUUAGCUACGGAUGAUAAAGAAACGCUGAAGACAAAUGGAGAUCAAAGACUCCAAACGGAACACAAAGACAUCAAAGGGAAAAAAGAAAUUCUUGCGACCAAGCAAAGAACCUAUGCUAAUACUGUGGCAAGUCAAAAGGCAUCAUCAUCAGACAUAGUAGAAACCAGAGCAACAGCAGAGAGUGACAGAGCUGGUGGAGAGAUUCCUCAAAGUUCUUCUAGACUGAAAGAAGUGCAGAAAGAGUGGACUUGUGCCUUAUGUUUGGUAACAACAUCGAGCGAGGCAACCUUGUUUUCGCACCUCAAUGGAAAGAAACAUAUGGCUAGUUGUGAAGCAGCUUUGAAAGCAAAGAAGCAAACUGCUCUGCAGAAGUUGAAAAUCAAUCAGCCCAAAGAGGAUGUGAAACAGAAGAAUGUUAGCAAUAAGUUAGAUUCCAAGGUCAAGAAUGGAGAUGGUAUUGUUAACAAAGAAGAGGAGGUGAAACAGAAGAAUGGUAACAAUAUGUUAAAUUCCAAGGUCAAGAAUGGAGAUGGUAUUGUUAACAAAGUGCUGAAGGCGGUGUUGGAUAGUAAGGUGGAAAAACUGCAAAAGAACAUGUCUGAGCCUGUUAGCAUACAAAAUUCCAAAUUAAUGUGUAGAGCCUGUAAUGUUGUCCUGCAUUGUGAGAACAAUGUUGUCUCUCACUUAAAUGGGAAGAAACAUUUGGCUAACAUGCAAAGCAAAGUUGAUAGUUUAAAGAACCUUAGGGACAUUGGCAUUGCUUGA